AUGCUUGGAAGAAGGGAUCUAGAAGAAGACAAACAUCGUGUCUCAAGCUCGUCCUCCUCCUCCCCCUCCCCUCCGGUGACUCCCACUGACCAGCUAAUGCGACCUGCAGCACUCAAGAGUCAAAAGUCAGCAAGAAGUGAGAGCUUUAAGGCUCUCCUGCUGAGGAAGGGCAGUCGAUCUGAUUCUUCAUCUCGAAUCUCAGCAGUUGAGCGACUUCGGAAAGUUGUUUCUCCCACUGCAGCAGCUGACCUUCAUGGAGCGCCACCACCUCACAUAUCAUCAGACCAAGUAAACUCCACAAGGUCCCUCCAAACUGGAGAAACACAUGACAUCAGUGCCCACCUGACUCUUGAUGUUCAGCGACCUCUCAGAUCUCCAUGUGCUCAGAGCUUCUCCAUGAUGUUCGAAUGGAGGCAACAGGAUCUGCCACAUAAUAACCUCUUCUUCUCAUCUUCUUCCUCCUCUCCCUUCUUCUUCCUCUCAUCCUCCUCCAUGCGCCCUCGCUCGCUCACUCCUCCCUGCUCAGCUAGUCGCCGCUUUGCCGCCCGCUGCCGCCUUGUUGCAGCCCCCAUGACUGCAAUCUUUGAAGGGGAAGAUGAGGAGGAAGAUGAAGAGGAUUUCAACGAGUCAUCGGGAGCUGAUGGAGAAUCCAGUCUGACACUGGUUGAGACUGCUUGAUGGACAAGAAAGCUUGCUGAUGUAGCUGGGAGCAGAUGGAUGUUAGACACCACAGAAAAAUUGGAUGUUGUCAUGAAUGUGUGGCAAAGUCUCAGCUGACUCAGUUGAAUCUCACCUGAAGCAUUUAAUUGAAUGCACUAAAGCACACUUCCUAAUUAACUACAUCAGUCACCUUAAAAGGAUGUGUACAAUAUUAAUGGUUUCAAGAAAAGAAGCUUGUUGCGAUGACACAAGAGUUUCACUCCAACAGUUUCUUCGCUUUUCAUUUCGUUUUAAACCACACUAGUUAUAUGUUUUCCAACAUGAGUGACAUUAAGUUUCUUUGAGAUUGAUAAAUUCACGUUCUUCUGUCUUCUGCACUUUAUAUUGGACAAGAAACCCGUGUUUGUUCUACACAUGAGAAUUUUGUUUUCUUCAGAUCACACUUUAAAUAUUCUGAAACAGUCAGUUAAUAAUAAUACUGUUGAGCAGUACAUUUUAAAUUUAUAUCUUUAAGCUCCCCCAAAGUUUUCAGCAACUUCUAGUAUAUACACAACUGUGUUGAAUUGGAUAUCCUCUGCUGGAGGUGGUUCCUCAUGUGGAUCCAGGAAUUGUGUAAUGGACUGACUUUUCACAUCAUAUUCAUAUUCACAAAUCAAACUGAAAUACAUGGGAGAUACAAUCUUGAUGUUCUUAAGAAGAUAUCAACAACUAAUCUAGAUGAAGAUCCAUCUAGACCCACAUCAUGGACGAUGUGGAGAAAAAUAUUCCUGAAUUUUUUAUUUUGCACUCAAGAAAUGUUUUUAUGGUUGCAGUUAAUCAUGAAGUUAAAAACUUAAGCCACAUUCAAACCAAUAAGGUCUAAAGAUCGGGCAAAACAAAAUAAAUUAAGCAUUGUUUUUUUUUUUUCUUAUAUAGAAAAGUAAUAUCACAAUGCUUUCAGCAAAAUAAAUGUUCGAUACUGACCCUUAAAUCAGCCAGUUCUAACUAUUUGCUGGGAUUAUCACCUGAGUAAUUUUAUUGUCCUGCUGGGCUGAUGCGUCUCCAAAUUUAAGCAUCAGUGUAAAUGUUUUAAUGGCUCGUGUUUUAUUUUGAUGUUUGUUUCAGUAUUACCAUUUAAAAGUCUGGUUUUCUACAUUAUGACCAGCUGCAUUCACUGAGACUGUACCUAAUAAGGAAUGGAGAUGGUCCUUUUCUGUAAAUAUUCCUAUAUUCAUUCGUCUCUCUUAUCUAUUUUCUUGUUUGUAUGACUUUUGCAGCUGAAUCUUUGUUUCUAUUUUGUAUAGCAUUUUCAGCCUCCAGCUUAAUGAGUCACACAACACUCGCAUUCAGUUUUCACCCUCAAAUCAGAUUUGUUUUUCUCAUAGGAGGCAUCUAUGGAAGCUUGUUUCCAUAACUGACAAAAACAAAAUAAAAACAAAAUCUCAAAAUUUUGACUUAACUCCAAGUUCCAAAAUUCCAAGUUCAUUUUCUCAGAAGUUUGAGUUAGUCAGUCAAACUUUUAAUCUUGAGAUGAUAACCUUAAAUUUCGACUUAUGGAUUGAAAAAAUCCUUUGGGUUUUUUUUUCAGCGAUGGAUGCAAACUUCCAUGGGCAGCAGCUAAUACGACUACAAACUAUCAGAAUGAGGAUGUAACUUUUUAGGGUGGAGACUUUGUAUUUAGAAACAUAAUCUUAUCUUCUCUCUGUGUGAACAUAAGAGGUUGAGAUUUACUAUAUUAACCAUAAAAUGAAUGAAUUUACUUGGGAAACUGAAAUAAAUGAGGAAAGCACUGUGAGAAAAGAAGUCAUAGGUUAAAGUGAUGAUCGGGAUGAAAUGGAGAACUGAAUGUGUAGAAAAGCAGCAAAAAGGUGGAAAUGAAAGAAAUGGAAAUGUAUGUAAAAAGGUGAAUGUAGAAAUGGAAGCAAUAAAGGACAAAUUGAUUUCUGAA